AUGGACGAUAUUUUGGGGGAAACCACAACAAGGGAGAAGAGAGGCAAGUUCCAAGGCGGUGCAGCAGGCGACGAAGAUAGCAAGGUAGGAGGUAAUGGCGCUGAGGGAGCAGGAGGCAGUGCCAGUGCGGAAGGAGGCGAUGCCAGCGAGGCGCUGGGUGACGGCGGGAGUAGGCUAGUCGGCGUCAACAGGCUAGCGACACAUUUACCUAAUAUUGGGAUUUCCUUGACACUGGCUCUAAUUUUGACAAGUGCCCUUUUUAACAAAGACAUGGUGAGACAGGCUUCUCAGCGGGGCAAGGGAGCCGCUGGUAGUGAUCGCUCGAAGGAGUUUCCAUCAAAGGUUGGAAGAGGUCGGAGCUCUAUGGACGAUAUUUUGGGGGAAACCACAACAAGGGAGAAGAGAGGCAAGUUCCAAGGCGGUGCAGCAGGCGACGAAGAUAGCAAGGUAGGAGGUAAUGGCGCUGAGGGAGCAGGAGGCAGUGCCAGUGCGGAAGGAGGCGAUGCCAGCGAGGCGCUGGGUGACGGCGGGAGUAGGCUAGUCGGCGUCAACAGGCUAGCGACAGUGAGCGCAGGCCAGGUGGCGGCAGUGAUGCAUUGGGCGAUGGAGGGCACAACUUAG